GUCCCCCACCAGCACCGCUUGUCUGUGGACGUCAUCCCAGAGCUGCGGAGCGCCGACAACCACUGCAGGAACCCGGGAGGAAUCAGCGACAAGCCCUGGUGUUACACCUCAAAUCCCAACAUACGCUGGGAGUACUGCGCCGUGCUUCAGUGUGGGGAGGCAGACACAGCGCCAGUGACGCAGCCGGAUUCGCAGGGCCCCCGUCAGACGCCUCUUGCCCCCCCCAUGACCACGGUAUCGUCUCCGGCCUACUCCAUGUCCGUCAUCGUUAUCAUCCUCUCUGCAUUGGCAGCUGCGGUCUUCCUCUUCAUCAGCGUCCUCGCCUGCCGCAGACGGAGGAAGCAAUGGAGGAACAGAAAGAGAGCGAUGGAGACCCCGACGAUGAGCGCUCUGCCGUCGGAGCUCCUGCUGGACCGACUCCACCCAAACCCCAUGUACCAGAGGGUUCCCCUGCUGCUCAACUCGAAGCUACUGGCCCUCGAGUACCCACGGAACAACAUCCAAUAUGUGAGAGACAUCGGAGAGGGGGCCUUUGGACGGGUUUUCCAAGCCAGAGCCCCAGGUCUGCUGCCUAUGGAGUCUUUCACCAUGGUGGCUGUGAAGAUGCUGAAGGAGGAGGCGUCGCCCGACAUGCAGAACGACUUCCAGAGGGAGGCGGCGCUCAUGGCCGAGUUUGACCAUCCCAACAUCGUGCGACUCCUCGGCGUGUGUGCGGUGGGCAAACCAAUGUGUCUGAUGUUCGAGUACAUGGCCCACGGUGAUCUCAACGAGUUCCUGCGUCGUCGCUCUCCGACCCAAUCGGUGCACACCCUGAGCUGCGCCAGCCUCUCGGGCCGCAGCUUCUCCACGGAGUCGGACGCGGGACAACUGGCCUGCGCUGAGCUGCUGUUCCUUUCCAAGCAGAUCGCCGCGGGGAUGGCUUACCUGUCGGAACGCAAGUUUGUGCACCGUGACCUCGCCACCCGGAACUGCUUGGUGCGCGAGGAGAUGGUGGUGAAGAUCGCAGACUUUGGCCUCUCCAGGAACAUCUACUCUGCCGAUUACUACAAAGCCAACGAGAAUGACGCCAUACCCAUUCGCUGGAUGCCCCCAGAGUCCAUUUUCUACAACCGCUACACCACCGAGUCGGACGUGUGGGCCUAUGGCGUGGUGUUGUGGGAGAUUUUCUCCCAUGGCAUGCAGCCGUACUACGGCAUGGGUCACGAGGAGGUUAUUUACUACGUGAGGGACGGUCACAUCCUGUCCUGUCCUGAGAACUGUCCUCUGGAGCUGUACAAUCUGAUGAGGCUUUGCUGGAGCACUCAGCCGUCAGACAGGCCCAGUUUCUGCAGCAUCCAUCGGAUACUGGAGCGAAUGCAUCAGAACACAGUGAGCGUGAAUGCUGAGCCUGAGCCCGACUGCUAACCUGGGAGAUUUCUUUUUUUUUUUUUUUUUACAAAAACACGACUGUACCUGUGCAAGAUGUUGUGAUUUCGUGUCUGAAACUCAAUUUGAAAUGAGCCGUCCACUGAAUACUGUGACUUGCUUGUCCAGUUUUACUUGUUUAAGUCGCCUGAUUCCACAGCGGCAAUAAACAAUCACUUUAAAACACUGAUGUUGAUUGUUUUGUUGAAAAGUUGCUAUUCCAGUUUUGGGCAUUCUUGAUGUAUAUUUUCUUUUUCUUUUCUUUUUCAUCAUGUUGUUUUUGAUCGUGUCUUUUUUCUCUUGAUUUCAGAAAAAAUUUAAUAAUUCUAUAACUUCUCAUUUCCUCUUCAGUGACUUAAAAACUGCUGAGCUGUCGUCGAUGUGGAAGGAAUAAAAUCUUUAUUAUUGAUCAUUUCAUUCUUUUAUUCUGACACAAUAAUGGUUCAGCACAUUGCAAAUAUUCUACAUAUAUUUAGAUUUGUUCUUUAAAUGUAUUUGAUUAAUAUAGAAAAUAUAAAAAUGCUGAAGUUGCCUUUCAGAUGAAUAACAUGUUUUUACAUGUGGUGUGAUUUCAUGUUUUUGGUAUGUAAAUGAACAUUUUCACCACAUGUCUCAUUAUUUCUUGGCGCUACUUUCUAAUAAACUAUUAUUUAACAUGUUUGUCUGUUAAAAAACUGAGUCACUAUAAGUAUUGAAGUUGUGGAGUUAAGUAUUAACUAUAUUUAACAAACAUGCAAACAAAGCAACAGAACGACUUCACUCCUGCUGCUCGUGAUUCUACAACUUUGUCUCACAGAAUAAAAACAAACUCAUCAUAAA